AUGGUUCCUCUUUACCACCAGCGUUCCAUCAGUUUCCGCAAUGAGGGCAGAUCUGAGACCAUCGCACCACGACCAUGGAGCAGACAGACAGCUCCUGCUAUCACCAAACGAUGUGACGGUAAACUAUGGAGUGAGACCUUUGAUGUGGGGCUGGGACAUAUGCUGUCCUCUAAAGACAUCAAGAGACAAGAGGCCAUCUUUGAGCUGUCUCAGGGUGAACAGGACCUGGUUGAAGACCUGAAGUUGGCCAAGAAGGCAUACCGUGAUCCUAUGCUAAAACUGUCUAUCAUGACGGAGCUUGAGCUCAAUCAAAUCUUCGGCACACUGGACUCCCUCAUACCUCUGCAUGAAGAACUUCUGAGUCGACUGAAAGACGCCAGGAAGCCGGACGGCUCGACCGAUCAUGUGGGUCAUAUUUUAGUGAACUGGCUUCCUUGUCUUGAACGCUACAAUAGUUACUGCAGUAACCAGGUAGCAGCAAAAGCAUUGCUGGAUCAUAAGAAACAGGACCAUCGGGUUCAAGACUUCCUUCAGCGCUGUCUGGAAUCGCCUUUCAGUCGCAAACUAGAUCUCUGGAACUUUCUGGACAUCCCACGCAGUCGACUGGUCAAAUACCCGCUGCUCCUGAAAGAGAUCCAAAAACACACUCCCAACGACCAUCCCGACUGCCAAAACCUUGAUGAAGCCAUUUCAAUGAUCCAAAGCAUUGUAGCUGCCAUUAAUACACAGACAGGUGAGUCAGAGUGCCGAUACUAUAAAGAGCGUUUGCUGUAUCUGGAGAGCGGACGGAGGGAUCUGUUAAUCGACAGAUCAAGAGUCCUCAGCUGCCAUGGAGAACUAAAGAACAACAGAGGAGCCAAGCUGCACGUGUUCCUGUUUCAGGACAUUUUGGUGAUCACACGGGCAAUCACACAUAAUGAGCAGCUGUGGUAUCAGCUUUACCGGCAGCCGGUCCCAGUGCGAGAUCUGGAUUGGAAAGACCUGCAGGACGGAGAGAUCCGAUUGGGCGGCUCCAUUAGAGGAGCCUUCAGUAACAAUGAACGGAGUGAAAAUUUUAUGAAAAUGAACUUUUAA